CCCCACUACUCUUAAACCCUAGGAAUUCUCUCCUCUCCGGCAAAUGAACCACACGACGUCGGAGACUCUGCUUUCAGCCGGAAAGCACCCAAUUUCAUCUUCAAGCUACUCUUAUUUUGGGAGAUUCUAUAUUCUGAAAGGGGCUUGAGAAAAAUGGCUAGGCGGAAUAGUCCACCGAAGAAUGAUCAACCUUCAAUCAAAGACCGGUGGUACCCAAUUGGUCAGGUGUCCUCUGAGCUUGGUAGUUCUGUUCGUGAAAGAUCUGCUGGCACAGUUUCUCGUAAAAUUAAUGAGCAAGGGAAUAGGAAACCACAACACAAGUCUCCUGAGGUUUUGAGCACUACUGAGCUCAUCUCAGCAGUUGGCCAAAUAUGGGAUUUUGCAAGUCGUCCUCUUGGAUUCAUCCAACCCAGGCUUAUCCAAAUGACAUUCAAAGUAGUUGUGAGAAAGAGAUUGUCUUAUCUGGUCUGGAUGGGGAAGGUUUUAUCUCAGGGUAUUCUGUUAAUUUAAUGGAUUAUGAUAAGACUCCAACGAUGCCGCAACCAAGUUUAGAUCUAAAGAAGAUAAGCCAAAAUAUGUCAGUAUUUGGCCAUUGCUGUAAAAGUUACUAUCAGGCGUCAUUCUGGAGGUUAUUGGAUUGUAGUGCUAAUGUGCCUAAAGAUUCUGGGAAGGGAAAUGGACUUGCAAGUUUAGAAGUCCCACACUAAUUGCGAUGUAUGUAUGGAUGGAUGAAUAAUGUGAUUUCUUCUGGGGCAAACCGCUCAAUCAAAGUUACCAGAACUGACCAGUUUUGCAUGCCAGGAGAAACAACUAGAGUUGCUGGCGACUUGACUAGAGAUGCUGUGGAUGACCCUGCUCCAUUUAAAUAUUGCAACUCAUACAAGGAUGAUGAUGGAAAAUUGGAGAUCAAUACAAGAACGUCUCUGUAUUCAGACUAUUUCCUCGUAGCGGGUCAGGCAGAUGUCAUUACUUCAACCGCCCCAUGUACUAAUCUUCAUGCGGAUUAUCAUAGACUCGUUAAUUUCAUGUGGUAAAGGAUUGAUAGAAUGUCCUAAAAUAGAUGAUCAUGACCUACUUGACAACAAAAAUAAUCAGCCAGAACAAUUUGUUAUCCAGGAUGGAUGCAAGGUGCAGCCCUGUGCAUCAGCACAUGAUAAGCCUCAGAUUGCUCUUGCCAAACAAGAGCAUGCCUUUGCAGGUGCAUUGUCUGGAAUUUUCGUUAGCAUUUGUCUUCAUCCGGUGGAUACAAUCAAGACAGUAAUUCAAUCUUGCCGGGCCAAGCAAAAAUCUAUAUGGUACAUUGGAAAAUCAAUUGUGUCUGAUAGAGGCUUAACUGGACUCUAUCGUGGUAUUGCUACCAAUGUUGCGUCUUCAGCUCCAAUUUCUGCAGUUUAUACUUUCACAUAUGAAUCAAUGAAAGGAGCUUUGCUUCCUUUAUUUCCAAUGGAGUACUAUUCUGUUGCCCAUUGUGUAUCAAGUGGCUGUGCAAGCAUUGCUACUUCCUUUAUCUUUACUCCAAGUGAAUGUAUAAAGCAGCAGAUGCAAGUUGGUUCAUGGUAUCACAAUUGCUGGAAUGCUCUGGUUGGCAUCAUCCAGAAGGGCGGUUUAACUUCAUUAUAUUCUGGAUGGGGAGCUGUACUUUGCAGGAACGUUCGACACUCAAUUGUUAAGUUCUACACAUAUGAGCUUGAAGAAAUUAUUGCUAUCUUCAGAAGAUUCUAGCAAUUACCCUAACACAUUACAAACACUAGUUUGUGGAGGACUGGCUGGAUCUACUGCUGCAUUAUUCACAACUCCGUUUGAUGUUGUGAAAACAAGAUUGCAGACGAAGAAAUAUGUCCCAGCCAUUAAGUAAUGAGAGGCCUGCCAGAUUCCAGGGUCUGUGAGCCAGUAUAACAGUGUGAUUCACGCACUUCAGGAAAUAGGAAAGACAGAAGGCCUGAAAGGCCUAUACAGGGGAUUGACUCCAAGAUUGGUUAUGUAUAUGUCUUAAGGAGCCCUCUUCUUUGGAUCAUAUGAAUUUUUCAAGAGAUCCUUUAGUUUGGUGAAGCAAUAAUCUGAUGCUCAAAGAAUCCAAUAUCAACAAAACAUGGAAGAUGAUUCAGUAACACUCCCAACUUCCGCACCAUCGUCACCACCACGACUGCAGAGUCUACAUACAUGAGAUACAAAUUUUGUAUUUUAGUGUGAAAGGGCAGAAGAAAAUGAGAAGCAAAAGUAGGAUUUGACAGUUCAGGAGAGAAAAAGAUGAUACUCAGUAUAGGUGCUAGUGUGUAGUGUGUACCAUUCUGUAUCAUAAUGAUGUUGGAUCUUUAGUACUGAAUACAAUUGAGAAGCAUCCGUUCGUG